AUGAUCAGCUUCGGAAAGGUCUGCAUCACGUCGGGUUCUCUCGCAAAACGCCACCUCCCCAUGUUUAUUCGCGAGUUGGAAGUGAGUCAAGACUCCGUGAUUCGGAACAAUAUCAUCAUUAUCAUCGGAGAUAUUUGCACGAAACACACGUCCGUCGUCGAGCAAUAUCUGCCGACCAUCGCGAAUUGCAUGGUCGAUAUGGACGUGACUGUCCGCAUUCACGCGCUCAGCAUCAUUUCCAAGCUGCUCCUCGAAGACUUCAUUAAGCUGAAGCCUGUCCUGCUUUGCUGCAUUCUGGCCGCACUGAACGACGCCGAUUCCUCCAUCGCCGCGUUCGCCUACCAGCUCGUCACGCAGCAGAUUUUCCGGAAGUUCCCCAAGAUCUUUGUGUCCACGUUCGUGGAGAUCAUGAGCAUUCUCAACGAAUAUCUCGAAGGCAACCUCGUCAAGCGCGAGCGGCGAUCGCAAGCACGUCAAGUGAGUUUUGCUCGUUCUUUUCCUCACUCGCAGCGCGCGUCGUCGCAUCUACCGCAUUCUUUUAGAGCUGUUCGAUGA